AUGAAGUUCCUUUCAAGCAUUGCCCUUGUGGCCGCCGGCCUCUCCAAUGCCGUUUGCGGAGAUGCUGUUCCAUGGGAGCGUCUGGACAAGAACAAUUCCGUCCUCAUUGUUCUUGAUCUCCAAGUUGGUCUCUAUCACACGGCUCGAGAUUGGGAUCCGACGCUGUACCGGGAGAACAUUCUCGCCCAUGCAGCGCUGGGCAAGCUGUUCAACCUGCCGACCAUUCUGUCCACCUCGGCGGAAACUGGGCCGAAUGGCCCGUUGCCUAAAGAAAUCUUGGAGAUGUAUCCUGAUGCUCCCCUCAUCAAGCGCAACGGCGAAGUCGAUGCCUGGGACAAUGCCGAAUUCCGCGAAGCCGUCAAAGCCACCGGCAAGAAACAGGUCAUCGUCGCCGGCAUCACGACCGACGUCUGCACGGCGUUUCUCGCCCUCUCCCUGCGUGCCGCAGGCUACUCCGUGUUCGCCAACAUUGAGGCUUCAGGCACGUACACGCCGCUCGUGCGCGACAUUGCCAACUCGCGCAUGCAGCAGGCGGGCGUGCAGCUGGUGAGCUUGUUCGCUAUUGUGUGCGACUUGAUGCGCGAUUGGAGGAAUACUCCUGGUGCCAAGGAGGUCCUGCCAUGGUUGGAUAGGUAUAUGCCGGUUUAUGGGUAUAUUGCUAGGGGUCAUGCCGCAGCGGUGGAGAAUGGGACAACUAUUCCUGGUGAGGCGGAACUGAUCUAG